GGAAUGUAACAGAGUUCACACACACAGGCUUCUCGAGACAGGAACACACAAGGUAGUGGCAUUGCAAAGAAGAUGGGAAUCGCUUAUCCUGAAGAAGUGUUCAGGUUUUCAGAAGACAUCAUUGAACUAAUUGAGAAAUACAAUGUUUCAGCAGCCUGCUUUUUACCUCCUCCAAGAUCCAUUAACCUUAUAUUACAACUUAGCUGGCUAGAUAUUGGCAUCUUUGCUGCACUGACAGCCAUGACUGCUCUCUCUCUCAUCAUCUACGUGGAGAACACAUGCUAUUUACUGAAGAAAGUAUCAUGUCUCAUCAAAGUGAAGACUUUAGUGUGGAUCAGCGCAGCGCCAAUUGUAAUCGGGAUCACGUCUUGCAUUGGCCUCUGGGUGCCUCGAGCAAUCAUGUUUAUCAACAUGAUGGCAGCAACGUAUUUUGGUUUUUGCUUUUACCUGCUGCUAUUGGUGAUUGUGGAAAUGUAUGGAGGCGAGGAAGCCAUGCUGGAACAGCUGGACAGUGUCACCAUCGCGGUCAGCACAGGGCCUUGCUGUUGUUGCUGUCCCUGUCUACCUCGCAUGAGGAUGACCAGGAAGAAAUUCAGGAUUUUUGUGCUGGGAUCAUUCCAAGUGGCUUUUCUUCGGCCUGUCAUUUAUUUCCUGGGAAUUGUUUUGUGGACGAAUGGCCUGUACGAUCCGGAUGAUUUAUCUUCAACCAGCAUCUUUCUCUGGCUUGACCUGUUCCUGGGAGUGUCCACAAUCCUUGGACUUUGGCCGACAAAUAUCCUCUUCCGAGAGGCUAAACAGUACAUGACAGAUCAGAACCUGAAGGCCAAGUUUGCACUCUUUCAGGCAAUAUUGAUCCUGUCCUCACUACAGAAUUCUAUCAUUGGAACACUGGCGGGAGCUGGACACAUCAGCUGUUCACCCCCCUACUCUGCAAAGACCAGAGGGCAACAUGAGGAAGGACACCACUUUGAUUGGGACAACACAUCCGUACUAGGACAUGCCAAACAGAGACAUGCACGAGAAUUCCUAGAAGCAUGGCAUUCCAACUGGAACUCCAUCAACAAACACAUUGAUUUGGAGCCAAUCUACCAUCCCCUGAGAAAAAGAACUGGAAAUGACAUCACGAACCCAAGGAAACCUAACCAGAUAAAUAGAAAGCAGGACAUAACACCAGCGCUUCGUCGGAGGCUCACUGAUGAUGUUACCUAGUAUGGUGACGAAACGUCUGAAAACGAACCUUCCAGCUCAGCGAGCAAACUCACAUCCAGUGUGCUAACAAUCAGCUGCAUUGGAGUGGAAUAGGUUCACACCUUAAGUAACUGGCAAUGCAGUGCCUAAGGUUUCGUAACUCAAGCAAAUCUCAAGUUCUCCUGAGAAGUGGAGAGCAGAAAACUUUUACACUAGAGGAAGAGGUACCAAUUCGAUAGAGGGGAAAAAAGGGACACCAGACGGAGUUUUAUUUUAAUGCUGUUUAAUCAGACAAUUUUCCACUGUUUAACAGCUGUAAGUUGAUUAAAAGAUCAGCACAGAAUCCACUUAUCAACAACAUGCAUCUCUAUUAAAAAUCUCAGC